AGGUCUCUCUUUUUUUUCUCCUGGAAAUACAAUUGUUAGAGCCCGAAUGGAUUCCAAGCAAACCCUAGGAACUAUGGUGGACGAGAAGAGAUUGAGAGCUUUGGAGGAAGGGGAGGAGUCCAAAAUUGCCCUUCUUUCCGUCUUCAAGAAAGGUAGCAUCCGAAAGCAUAUCUUCCUCAACCUCCCCCCUCCGCCGCCGCACAUGGCGAAAGCCCGAGGCAACGCCAGCCCUCGCGAUCGGUUACUCCCAGGAAGAAGGGAGGGAAAUGAAAAUGAAGAUGAAGAUAAAGACGGUCCGAUCCUCUUUGGCCGGCACCCCAAUUGCCAUAUCGUCUUGGAUCACCCCAGCAUCAGCCGCAUCCACCUCGCCGCCCGCCUUGUUCCUUCCAAGCAAAAGUUAUCCGUCAUUGAUCUCUCAUCCGUUCAUGGAACAUGGAUUUCGGGAACUAGGAUCGCGCCGAACACUACUGUGGACAUGGUGGAUGGCGAUUCACUGAGGUUUGGUGCUUCGACGAGGUUUUAUAGGCUUCAGUGGCUCUCGGUGAGCCAGGCGAUGGAAAUGGAGAACCCGUUGGAACCUGUCCUUGAAGGCAAAGAAGAAACUUAUCAGGAGGAUUGUGGAGAGUUACUUGCUGGAGGUUAUGAUUUGCUGUUGCCCAAUGUAAUCCCGUCUGCACCGCCUUUGCCAGAAGUUUCGAGUUCAUCACCUUUGCCACCUGGAAUAGCGCAGCGGAGCCCAGAGAGGAAGGUGACUGAAGUACAAAGAUCAAAUUUGCUUUCUUCUGCGCCAGAAGAAGUUUUGAAUUCAUCACUUCUUCAAUCAAUAACGGAACAGCAAAGCGCUUCAAAGGAGUUGGAAAUUGAGAACUUAGGUUUCUCUUCUGUUGCGCCAAUAGGAAUGGAGCAGCGGAGCCCAGACGGGAAGGUGACGGAAGUACAGAGAUCAAGUUUUCUUUCUGUUGUGCCAAAAGAAGAGCCUGUCCUUGAAGGCAAAAAAGAAACUUAUCAGGAGGAUUGUGGAGAGUCACUCGCUGGAGGCCAUGCUUUGCUAUUGCCCAAUGUAAUCCCUUCUGCACCGCCUUUGUCGGAAGUUUUGAGUUCAUCAUCUUUGCUACCGGGAAUAGCGCAGCUGAGCCCAGAGAGGAAGGUGACUGAAGUACAAAGAUCAAAAUUUCUUUCUGCUGCGCCAAAAGAAGUUUUGAAUUCAUCACCUUUGGAAGUUGAGAACUUAGGUUUCCUUUUGGUUGCGCCAAUGGAAACGCAGAAGCGGAGCCCUACGAGGAAGAAGACAGAAGCUGAGAGCUCAAGCUUCCUUUCUACUGCGCCAAUUAAGAAUUUUAACUCAUCUAUGCCACCAGAAAGGGAGAAUCACAGUCCACAGAGGAAGGAGCUCCAAGUUGAGAACUCAAGCUUCCAUUGUAAUUCACCAAUGAUGGAAUCUAAUGGAUCUCUGAUGUCAACUGUAGCAGUGGACUCGAGCAAAAUUAUGAAUUCAUCAACUCUGCCACAGGAUAUGGAGCAUCCGAGCCCGGUUUGGAAGGAGUCAGAAAUUGAGAGCUCAAGCUUCCAUUCUGUUGCAACAAUGGUAGAUUCUAUUGCAUCUUUAAUGUCAACUGUGGUAGUGAACUCGAGUAAAAUUUUGAACUCAUCACCUCUGUCACAGAAAAUGGAGCAUCAGAGCCCAGCAAGGAAGGUGCCAGAAGUUGAAAACUCGAGCUUCCAUUCUGCUGCACCAAUGGUCGAAUCUUUUGGAUCUUUGAUGCCAGCUGUGGUAGUGGCUUCCAACGAAAUUUUGAACUCAUCAUCUCUGCCAGGAGAAAUGAAUUGUCAGGGCCCGCCAAGGAAGGAGUCUGCAGUCGAGAACUCAACCUUCGAUUCUUCUUCACCAAUGGCGGAAUCUAUUGGAUUCUUUACGUCAACUAUGGUAGUGGACUCUAGCGAAAUUUUGAAUCCAUCACCUCAAUCACAGGAAGCAAAGCAUCAGAGGCCAUUAAGGAGAGAGCCAGAAGUUGAGAGCACAAGCCCUCGUUCAGCUGCACCAAUAGAGUACUCAAACCCUCAGGUUUUGUCUGUUACUAAUCUGUCAUCAGAGCCAGAGCAUCUGACCCCAAAGAGGUCUGAUAAGAGGAGAGCAUCAUCUAGCCUCUUAUCGAGGAGGAGCAAGAUGAAAUCGCUUGGCUUCCUUUGCCUUGACACUGAAAGAGAUAAGAAGAAAGUUCAACAUGCAAAAACUGAGAGUGAAGAAGUUGUUGAUAAGGAAAACCACCAUGUUUUUGAGCAAACCAAAAGAGAGGAUAAACUCUGUAGAGUGCUAUUUGACAAUGUAGGAGAGAAGAAGCAAGUCAGAGAAGAAUUUUUUGAUUCAGACAAGGAGAAUGUCACCCCAAUGUCAUCGCGCCGCAAGAUUAUGAAGAGGAGCCCUCGAAUUCUGCAUCAAUCCUUAGGCGUUGUAGAACAAUCUAAGGUUGAGCAAAAUGCUAUUAUCCCUUCGGCUAACAGCUUUAAGAGCCAGAAAACAUUGAAAGCUAAUAUAUCUGCAGCAAAAUCUGAUCAGCAAGAGUUGAUUGCGAGUUCAUGUUGGUUAGAAGACAUUCAUAUUGAUAAAGAAAACUCUAUCAUGGAAUCUUGCAAGGGUAAGAAAUCAAGGAAAACCUCAAGUCGGACUCCUCUGGUAGUUCAAGACAAUGAAGAAGCAUUUCCUUGCAACAAGGAGAAUAUGACGCCUGAAAUUUCGGUCUCUCUAAAGUCAAAAGAACUGCUUCUUAAUAAUACUUGUGCAAGAAUUGAAAAGGAGAUCAUGAAGAAAAGAGUUGAAAGGAUUCCGUUGCAGUCUCUGCUGAAUAAUACUCCUUCAAAACCUAAUGAUGCUCUACAUUCGAUGAAGCCUUCCAAGGGUAAUUCUGUUUCCAUUGAAGAUGACCUUGUCACAAAAUGCCAACUGAAUAAUCGAUCUAUUACACAGCCCAUGGGUGGUGAAGUGCUCCAUAAAACAGAGAGGAAAAUCUGGCACCUUGUCGUCGAUGCAAAUUGCUUCCUAGAUGAAGAAUCAACAAAGUCCUUACAACUUUUAGAGGGAUUAAAAGGGACUCAUCUCAUCAUUCCUCAAAUUGUAUUAAGGGAACUUGAUUGCCUCAAGCGGCGUGAGAGUUUUUUCAGCAAACCAACAAAAAUGGCAUCCAAAGCACUGCAAUGGAUAGAAAAAUGCAUGGUGAACGUGAGCUGGUGGAUUCAUGUCCAGAGAUCGUUUGAGACUCUGCCAGCAGCACCAACCCCUCCGAUUUCACCUCGGUCACCAUUGUUUACUGGCCCUAAAUCAUCUUUCUCCUCCUGCGGAAACUUGACAGAGAUUGUUUCCCCGACUGCAGAAGACCACAUCCUUGAUUCCGCACUCUUUUUCAAGAACAGGAAAAGAGACGGACAAUUUGUCAUCCUAUCCAACAGCAUCACGCUAAAGAUCAAAGCCAUGGCAGAGGGGUUGCUAAGCGAAUCACCCAAGGAUUUCCGCGCGAGUCUCGUGAAUCCAUUUUCCAAGAGGUUCCUAUGGGCGAACAGCAGCCCGAGAGGAUCAACUUGGUCCUGCUCCACUGAUACUGCCCUAUUCAAUAACCAUCUCCCUCCAGAACCUUUAAGAAAAGUAGGCAAAGCACCUGCGGACGUGAAAGGGUUGAAGCUGAUACUGCUUCACAAUGCCCAGUUUGCCCAAACGAACUCUACCUUUCCAUUCACAGGCAGUGAGUGAGGAUUAAAUUAUGGAACAUGGCACUGUAAAACAUGUGCCUGAACUUGUGUUUU